GCGCGGUGCCGCGAUGUGAGUGAGACUCCCCCUGCCGAAGCUUCUGCGGGGCACGCCAGCUCCGCGAGCGCAGCACCCGGCGCUCUAGGAACACCGAGGAUCGAACACAGGAGAGGAGUGCUCGGCUCAGACUCCGGUGCCCAUUCCAGCACCUGGCUCGCUGCCCAUCUCACAGAGAGGAAACUGAGGCAGCGGCAGCUUCAUCUGCUCUCAGGGCCUGGGUAGGGCCUGGCCACACCCUUCUCGCCCUACAUUGGGACCUGGGGUCUGGAAGUCCAGCAGGAACGAUGGCUGAGGCCAGUGUCUCCCCAUGUUCCUCAGCAGAGGACAACAUGGCAGCCAAGCAGCCUCCUCCGCUCAUGAAGAAGCACAGCCAGACAGACCUCGUGAGCCGCCUGAAGACCAGGAAGAUCCUGGGCGUGGGCGGGGAGGAUGAUGAUGGUGAAGUGCACCGGUCAAAGAUCAGCCAGGUCUUGGGCAAUGAGAUCAAGUUUGCUGUGCGGGAGCCUCUGGGGCUCAGGGUCUGGCAGUUUCUUUCUGCUAUGCUGUUCUCCAGUGUGGCCAUCAUGGCCCUCGCCCUCCCUGACCAGCUCUAUGAUGCAGUUUUUGAUGGGGCUGAGGUCACCAGCAAGACCCCCAUCCGCCUCUACGGUGGUGCCCUCCUUAGCAUCUCCCUGAUCAUGUGGAACGCACUCUACACAGCUGAGAAGGUCAUCAUCCGCUGGACUCUGCUCACUGAGGCCUGCUACUUUGGGGUGCAGUCCUUGGUGGUCACUGCCACACUUGCUGAGACGGGCCUCAUGUCCCUGGGGACCCUGCUGCUCCUGGCCAGCCGCCUCCUCUUUGUCAUUGUCAGCAUCUACUACUAUUACCAAGUCGGCCGGAAACCCAAGAAAGUGUAGCUGGCUGGGACCUGCCUGGGCCUGGACCUGGGCCAGAGUGGCUGGGGACUUCACUAUCUGUGGGCCCCAGGCAGACCUGCAAGCAGGCAGGGUGCACCACCUUCCUUCCCUCCCAGGUGCUCCCUGGAGUCAGUUUGGACCUCCUGGGCUUCUAGGAGUGACCGCAGGCUGGGGCCUCUGCACCCCACUCCUCACCCCAUACAGGGACCACCCCUUGCCCUAGCUUUCUUGACCUCCAGACUCUAACAGACACACAGUCUAGAGUGGAUGGCUGGGGCCUCUGGGCUGAGUCAAGGUUAGUUCCUCUGCCAGGGAGCCCUUUUCUCUCUAGAAGAUUGUAUCAGCCACAGCAGAAGGUCUCAACUUCUCUCUAUCCAGAAAUGCGAAAGCUCCCCCAUAUGAGUCCCUCACAUCCCAAACACACACACACACACACACACACACACACACACACACACACACACACACGAGUUUUCAGAGCCCCUACUGUGGUCAGCUAGCAAGGGAAUGGCUGUCUCCCUUGGGCCUAGGUCGCCAUCCUUGGCCUGCAUACCCGACCCUCUCUUUGGCCUACUGUAGAGUGUUCUGAUACUCUGGCUGUCUGCACCCUAGAGUUCCAGAGCCCCUCCCCGACAGGCCAGGGUUAUACAUUAUACCACAGGCCCUGACAGGCCCUGGCACCUCAGCUGGCCAUAGGCUCCUGGUGCAUGAGGAAUUCUGAAGAGAGGCAGGAACAUUUCCUUAGCAUGGUCUCCAAGGCCUGCAUGGCUACACCUGGCCCGGUGCCUCCUCAAGAUUCCCCCACUCCCAGGCUGUUCCAAGGCCUCCAGCCCCUCAAACUAUAGAAGUAAGGAAACAGAAGUGGGUCUGCCCUCCUUGGCACCCUGACAGUGAGCCUCCAGAGCUGGACACCCCUGGUGCCACCACCCAGUGUGGCCCCUCCCCUUGGUCCUAGCUCCCAGCACUUUCCUUCCCAGCACACUAAGGAAGAGAGGUACCCGGAAUUCUAUCUUGUUCCUUUCUGCAAGGGGUGGUGCCAUGCACACACACCCUCCCCCAAGCCUGAGGAGCUUUUCUCUAGGGCACCUGGGGCUCACAGCUCCCCUGGGCCCAUGGGGCCUUGCAGCUGCACAUCCCAUGACUAUGCCCACACCCAGCAGGGGGCACUCCAGGGAUGUUUCAGUGGGAAACAUGCCCAGCAGUGGCCUGGGUUGCUUCUGUAACCAUGGUCUGACAGAGUGGUGAGAAUCUGUGCUUUCAAGAAGGGACCAUUGAGUCAGGUGGAUCUAUGUGAGUUCAAGACCAGACUAGUCUACAGAGCAAGUGCCAGGACAGGCCUCAAAGCUACACAGAGAAACCCUGUCUUGAACGCCACCCCCCCCCCAAAAAAAAAGAAGGGACUGUUGUGUACAUCCUCCUUCUGCCGUUGGCUUUGUGCCAAUCCCUCAGUCCCACCUCUUGACUCAGAGCACAGGUUCAGCCACUGCCACCUCCCAGUACAGUCCCGGCUGCUGUAGACUGGGUGGUAUUGUUGACUAUUUCCACCGGUGAUGGGACUUAUCCUUUUGGAUCCUCUGCAAAUGCAGACAGAGUCCCAAGGAAGGUAGUCAGAGAAGUAGAAAAUGCCAGCCAUGCUCAGCCCUUUGGGGACAUCUGCCAGUCUUCCCCUCAGUGACAGGAGAUGGCAGAUCCUGUCCUGGGGUGGGGGUGUGGUGGCCAGGUCACCCUGGUGUGAUAUCUUCAUAUGGGGGUGGGAUCAAGAACAGAAAAAGACUGGCAGUACAGACGCCUGUGGUCUCCAGGAGAAACUAAGCUUGGAAGGAGGCAGUGAUGGAGAUAGGAACUCCACCCUGAAUCCAAGCUGGGGUGCCCUGGCUGCCCCCCAGCUCCUCUUGUCAUGCUUCUGCCUCAGUUCCCCCAAGACCACCUCUGUCAUGGUCACUAUUUAUUCCUCAGUCUUUCUUUUUGUAAGAAACAGUCACAAAAAAUCAGUGCAAAACAA